GAGUGGAGAGACUUAAUCUAAGCGAAUAAUUCAGUUCCGUUGUGUCAGAGUGUAUUGACCUCGAGUCUCGAGUUGAUCGGAAUUUACCUCUUUUCUAGAUCAAUUCCCAUGGCGAUUCCCGCUCUUUCUCCUCUGCAUCCUCAUGCCGAACACCAAGAAGAAGAAGAUCCAAUGUCUCCUGCUCAAAACCCUAAUUCCACGGACUUGCAACAACCGGAAGAAGGAGGAGAAGGAGCGGUAGAAGAAGAACAGAGGCAGUCCGAUCCGCCUCAAACUUCUGAAACCCUAACCCUAGAAUUGUCCGAUCCACAACAGAACUCCCCUCAGGCAGACCCGCAAGAUUCGGAGCUCCAACCCAAUGAAAAUUUCAUCAAUGAUCAUGAUCCUAGCGACCAAGGUGAGUCUACUGCGCUCUCUCCUCGAAUCGCGGAUGUCAACGCGUUUGUUUCUUCUUCUGCUGCUUCUCGACGGGCUCCGAAGCGGAAGAAGUCUUGGAUGAAACGAAGAUUCUUUCAGGAGAAAUCUCAGAAGAAGCUCGAGAUUCUGGUUGAUACUUUUAAACCUAUUCCCUUCGUGCCUGCUAAAAAUCUGGAUUUCUCGAGUCACGAGAGGCUUUUGAAGCGAUUGGGCUUGUGGGAUUUCGUUCAUACUAAAUUUGAUAGGUCUCUGCGAUAUGACCUUCUUUUGCAAUUAGUUGCGAAUUUUAGCAACAACCAGAGGUGUAGUUAUGUCAAUGGAAAUAGAAUCAGGGUCAAUCGGGCUGAUUUGGCUCGUGCCUUGGGGUUGCCGGUGAAGAAAGCGGCGGUACUAGAGGAUGGUGAGGAAGAUCCCAUAGCAUCAGAGGAAUCGAUCGCUUUUAUUGAGGAUUUUGUGUCCAACUGGUUACUCUUACACGAAGAUACGUGGAUGAUGCCCAAUGAGAUAAUGAAUUGGACAAAGGCCAUCAAGGAUGGGAGCUUUGAGCGGGUUGAUUGGGCUGGUUUGAUUUGGUUUAUGGUGGAGAAGGAGUUGAUGCAAUCUCCGCAAUUGGUGAAUUGUUACUAUGCUUCACAUUUGCAGUGUCUGAUCCGAGCACAACGGGAGGAUUUAUUGAAGGAAGAAGCGCCUAAGGUAGAAGAGGUCGAACACAAGGAGGAGGUGGAACAGGAACCUGAGCAGGAGCAGGAGCAGGAGCAAGAGCAAGAGCAAGAGCAUGAGCAUGAGCAAGAGCAAGAGCAAGAGCAAGAGCUAGAGCAAGAGCAAGAGCAAGAGCAAGAGCAUGAGCAUGAGCAUGAGCAUGAGCAUGAGCACGAGCACGAGCAUGAGCGAGAGCAAGAACAAGAGCAAGAGCAAGAACAAGAACAGGACAAAGAACAGGAUGAUGAAGAUGGGGCUUGUAAUGACAGUCUAAAGAUAGUGGGGAAUGAUGACUCUAUGUCUAAGAAAUUGGAGGAACAAAAUAUUGAAUUGUGCCUUGGGCAGGACAAUGUCGAGAAAGUCGAUAUUCAAAAGGAGAAGGAUAAUAUUGGGGAUAUGAUGGAUUUAGUGGAAAGCAAAGAAGAAGAAGAAGAAGAAGAAGAAGAACAGCAACAACAACAAGGUCAAUGGCUUUUUGAUCGAAAAGGUAGCACCCCGGAGCUUCUGUUCAGGAGGUGUAAUACGAAUGAAUUCAAGGAAUUUGAUUUUGGGGAUGAUAAGAAAGCAGAAUUAGAAGAAGGGGAUGGUCAAGGAAAAGAAGAGGAGGAGGAAGUGGAGGAAGAAGAAGAAGAGGAGGAGGAAGUGGAGGAAGAAGAAGAAGAGGAGGAGGAAGAUCAGGAAGGCGAGUUCCGCCUGUUACCAAGGAGCAAUCCAAUUGAUGGAUUUCCUUCAAGCCAUUUUAUUCAAGAAAUGGAGACAGAGCCAAUUAAUUUUAACUCAGAAUUUGAAUUGCGUGAUCAUUCACCUGUUGAAUUUCUUCCACCCAGAGAUGAUAGCAGAAUGAGUUCUGGUGGAUGCAUGCCUUUUGUUAAUAGCAACAAGAGAGUGAUUGACCCCGAUAUUGACAACCCAGCUCAGUCCCUUAAUGGCGGGAACAAGAGGUUAAGGAGCGAAGGUCCUCUUGACUAUGACAAGUGUAUGGAUAACGUACAACAGUGGCUCGAUAAAGCCAGGAUAAUGUACGCAGAGAAAGAACAGGUUCAUCAGCAGGCCACAAUGAAUCAGCAAUACUUGCUUCACGAGCUGCAGCAGAGAGAGACCUUCAUUGAACAUUUGAGAAAGACAAAGUUUGAGGAGCAACAGAAGAUGCAGUCUGAUAUUUACCGACUUGAGCGCGAGCUCUAUGUGAUGGGAAAUCUACUGGACGGCUACAGAAAGGCAAUGAGGGAAACACACAAAGCAUUUGCAGAGUAUAGAUCCCGGUGCCCGCAACCUGAUGAACCACUCUACAAAGAUGUUGCUGGUUCUGGUGGUCUUGUUCUGAGCACCAUGGAACUGGAAAGGAUCCGUUUGAAGCAGGCAGAGGAAGAUAGACUAAACCGCUUAGUUAUUGAAAAGAAGUUCAAAGCCUUGGAAGAUAAGUUCGUUGAUGUAUUUCAUGCUCAUCUGCAGCAGGUUAGUUCAUUGGAUAGUAGGCUGCUAGAUUUUGGAAAUGAAGUGAAAACGCUGAGGGAAUCAUUCGCAAAUAGGAAAGCUCCAGAAACUUCAGAACCCGUUUCAAAUGAAUGAUGCAGUCCCCGGAACGCACUGUGUAUAGUUAACUUUGAAUCAUGACUAGCUUGCUUCAAAUGGUAUUUUUUUUUUUAGUUUUGUGUCUCUGUUUGUGUAGAUUCGAACAGGAAAUUUAGUUCUUUCCAAUUUUAUCGGCAGAUUACGGUUAAUGUUAGAAGUUACUAUUCUUAUCAACAUAUGAGGAGCUUUGAAAGCUUUCAUUCA